AUGAUCUUUAAUACAAAUUUCUCAGAAAUUUUGAUUUUUCAAUUGAUUAUCUAUUCAUUGAGAAAUUUUAUGUUUAACAACUCUAAUAAGAUGGCACCGUUUACUGAAUAUUUACGACCCAUCCUUAAGAGCCUUCGAAGCGACGAUGACUCCUUCGACAGGCUAAACCACAGGUACUCGGCGGCGGUCCUGCUCGUGUUUGCCCUUUUGACCACCAUGAAGCAGUACGUCGGCGAGCCUAUUCUUUGCUGGGUGCCAGGUAGAUUCACAGGAGCCAUGGAAGACUAUACGAACGCCAUGUGCUGGAUUUCAAACACCUACUGGGUUCCGUUUGAAACAAGAAUUCCCAAUCCAGACGACCCCAAGCCGCAUAUUGCCUACUAUCAGUGGGUUCCCAUUGUCCUCCUUCUGCAGGCUUUGCUUUUCAAAUUACCUUGUGUUGCCUGGCGGCUGCUAAGUUACAAUUCAGGAAUAGACAUCCAGGCCAUGUUCAAAAAGCUAGAAAGAGACGAGAUCAUAGAGCACAAGAAAAUGAAGAGCAACGUUAAAGAGGUAACCCGUUAUUUAGCGCGUUAUCUAGACGCUACCCGAGACCAGCCCCACGGAUGCUGCGCCUGGGCCCGUCGUAUAAUGAGUAGCUAUCUUUGCGUGUGUGUAGGGAAACGCAGAGGAAAUUAUCUCUACAUGUUGUUCUUAUGGAUUAAGAUUUUGUACAUGGUGAACGGUCUUGGUCAGAUGUUUCUCCUAAACGCGUUUCUUGGCACACAAUUUACCAUGUAUGGCUACCAAAUAAUAGAAGAUCUCAUAAACUGGAGGGACUGGACGGAAACGGGACGGUUCCCCAGAACAACAUUAUGUGACAUCAAAAUACGCGAAUUGGGGGGCAACAUACACCGCCACACCAUUCAAUGCGGACUGCCUAUUAACUUCUUCAACGAGAGGAUCUACAUGUUCCUCUGGUUUUGGCUAGUGUUUGUGUCAGCUGGAACAAUAUUUGGGUUCUUUACAUGGAUGAGUCUCUUCUCGGUCAAUGAACGGAAAGUGUUUGUGAAGAAAACGAUUUCCAUGACCGGCAAAGGCGACUCCAUUGAACAGAACCGAGACACUAAACGGUUGAAAAACUUCGUUACCAAAUAUUUGAGAAUGGACGGGGUGUUUGUGCUAAAACUUCUUGCCAAGAACACUAGCGAUGUCGUGAUUUCCAGAGUGGUGUAUAGCCUAUGGAAGAGAUAUCUGAAACGCCACAAAGAACUCCAGCCUGAUGGGUUGCCACUAACUCCAAAAGCAAACGACGCUUCCAGUCCCAGCGCUCCACCAACUGAUGCAGACGACAGUGAACCUCCUAAAGGCCUUUGAUUUAUUAAGAAAUCAUUCAAAGUUGACGAAGUAAAAAUGCACUUUGUCUUUGUCUUCCAAACUAUGACAUUUUUUUCACCCAUGACAGGAACACCUGAUCCAUUUAUGCAUGUAUUGUAUGUAAAAAAAUGUGAUUUUUUAUUAUAUUUUUUGUAUACAUAUCUAAGUACAUCGAAUAUUUUUAACCCAUUUAAUGUAUAGCCAGUGGAUAAAAUUAGCCGUAAUCUUUCACAGGCAUUUCUAGGCACUUUUAUUAUUGCAUGUUUAAAAAAUGGAGCUUGAGUUGUGAAGUCUUUAACGUAGCUUCUUAGAGAUGAUUAUGCUAUGGUUUAUGGAUUGAAUUUAUCUAAUUAAGAUGACAAGGCAUCGCCAUCAAUCAUGUGACCAGUUGUCUAAAACCCAUACAAUCAGUUUUAAGCGAUUCCUUCUACCCACCCAUUAUGCACAAAUAAUUACGACAGCUUUGAAAAAAUAUUAUUAGUAAUCGAGACGUUCGCAAACACCAUAAAUCAAAAUACUGAACGCGAUGAUACGACUAGUGUAGAAAGUCCCAUUCAUCCAUAUCAUGUUAGUGAAUUUAGUGCAUAAACAAAAAAGAAAUCAUUCUACGGUAGUUUGUGUAUGGCAGUGUUUCCAAAGCAAACAGUUAGAACUGCGGCGUGGUAGCAGGUUAAAUACAGAUUGUGCAAUUAAGGUGCUACCUUUGUGAGGGAGGAAUGAUAUCAAUUCUCAUUUUAAACCGUCGAUCUCAAUAUUAACAUUCCUGUAUUGUUAGCAAGGUAGUUGAUGUGACGAUUGCGUAUUUUAGCCACGUAUCUGGAGGCAAACACCGGCGGAUAGGUUGCCAAUGGGCGUUGGAGGAAGCGCGUUAAGUUUUGCCUCAUGACAAUAGGUUAAUAUACUAUGUAAGCAAAACGACGUCAUUUUUCACAAAGUAAAUCUUAAAUACAAAUGUUUGUUAGGUACAGUGUAUUUCACAGUAGCGUGAAGUACUAUUGGUUGUCUUCCAUAUUUUACUCAAACAUUAGAUAUGGCUAUUUUGCCGGUUUUGUUCCAUUUUAAUAUAUGCUGUUUUGUAGUUAUAAUCUAACGCUUUUCACUAGACUUGUUAAUUUGACCUAAAUGUUAUAAUUCUGAGAAAAAGUAUAUAUUAUUAGACAAUCAAUGCAAAUUGAUAAUCAAAUACAACUACAAUGCAUUUUUUCA